UUUAUAAACCCUAUCUUCCCUUGAUUUCUCUUCCUGUAAUUCCUGUCGUGCAACACAGCUAGCUAGGUCGACUCUCACUACUCUCAGCCACACCUUCGUCUUUGGAGGUUGGCUUCUUCUUCCUCGUUCAUUUUCCUCUCUUUAAUCCAAGUUUUUGAAAAAGAUGGCAGACGCUGAAGAUAUUCAGCCACUUGUUUGUGACAAUGGAACUGGAAUGGUGAAGGCUGGCUUUGCUGGUGAUGAUGCUCCUAGGGCAGUUUUUCCCAGUAUUGUUGGUCGUCCCCGACAUACUGGUGUCAUGGUUGGAAUGGGCCAAAAAGAUGCCUAUGUUGGGGAUGAGGCUCAGUCCAAAAGAGGUAUCCUUACCUUGAAAUAUCCCAUUGAACACGGUAUAGUCAGUAACUGGGAUGACAUGGAAAAGAUUUGGCAUCACACAUUUUACAAUGAACUUCGUGUUGCUCCCGAAGAGCACCCUGUGCUUCUGACUGAGGCUCCACUCAACCCAAAGGCUAACAGAGAAAAGAUGACUCAGAUCAUGUUUGAGACGUUUAAUGUGCCUGCUAUGUAUGUUGCCAUCCAGGCUGUUCUGUCCCUCUAUGCUAGUGGACGUACAACUGGUAUUGUGCUGGAUUCUGGUGAUGGUGUGAGUCACACCGUUCCCAUCUACGAGGGUUAUGCCCUCCCUCAUGCAAUUCUUCGUUUAGACCUUGCUGGUCGUGACCUCACUGAUGCUUUGAUGAAGAUUCUCACCGAAAGAGGUUAUAUGUUCACCACUACUGCUGAACGGGAAAUUGUCCGUGACAUGAAGGAGAAGCUGGCAUAUGUUGCUCUUGACUAUGAACAAGAACUCGAGACUGCAAAGAGCAGUUCCUCUAUUGAGAAGAACUACGAACUUCCUGAUGGACAAGUCAUCACCAUUGGAGCUGAGAGAUUCCGUUGCCCAGAAGUUCUAUUCCAACCAUCUCUCAUCGGUAUGGAAGCUGCAGGAAUCCACGAAACUACCUACAACUCCAUCAUGAAGUGUGACGUCGAUAUCAGAAAGGACCUUUACGGAAACAUCGUCCUCAGUGGUGGCUCAACCAUGUUCCCUGGCAUUGCAGACAGGAUGAGCAAGGAAAUUACAGCCCUUGCUCCCAGCAGCAUGAAGAUUAAGGUUGUUGCUCCACCCGAAAGGAAAUACAGUGUCUGGAUUGGAGGGUCUAUUCUCGCAUCCCUAAGUACCUUCCAGCAGAUGUGGAUUUCAAAGGGUGAAUAUGAUGAAUCGGGCCCAUCCAUUGUCCACAGGAAGUGUUUCUGAGCUGCUGGUCAGUUUCUUUGCUGGUGAGUUAUUUUUCCCUUUAGUUGGCUUUUUUGUGUCAUGUAAUGUUGAACUGAGAUUGGUUGGCGUCAAAGGAGGAAGGGAGGGACUGUGUUAGAUUUGUUGUAUCAAUGCAUUUUCAUUCACUAUGAUUCUCCAUUCAUACGGUGGCCUUGUUGUUGGAAGCUCACAAUUGCUGGUGACCCUCCAGAUUUGUGGCAAAAAGAAUCUGUUCUGUUCUGUCAUCUGUGGUUCUCGACCAUAGGAUAUUCGUAGCAGAAAGAGUGAUUGUGAUGCUUUUCCUAAAUAUAUACAUUUUUUCCAAUUUUCUUUUCUUUUUGAAGGUUUUCCCUGAGAACAUUAAUGUUAAUAUUUAUUGUAUGCGAAAUAUUAGUGUCAGUUUUUGGUCGUAAACUUGCUAUGGAAUUGAAAUCUUGAUACUGCAUUUUUGAGCUUUCCA